AGUUUGGCCCGUUCGUCGUUGCUUUUUAUCGCUCGCCUCGACCGCUGGCCGCUUUAGUUGAAUUUCAAACGUUUGCGCGCGCGGUUGUCGGAUCGUGUCGCGAAAAAAUAAUCAAAAACCAAAAUAAAAUCCAAACGUAAAAUCCAGUGAGGCUUUAGGAGACGCUUUUCCUUCGACCAAAAGGAUUGCCUAGCGCAGUUUGAAAAGUGAAAAACGUGCUGAGACCGUUGCCUAGUAGAAUAACCUACGCUUGAUCUCUACCAUUGAACUUUGUGGAAAGAGGAAGGAGGAUUUUCCAACGGAAAUUAGGACACGGGCAGCCUGACCAGUUUUGUCGAUUUUUCCCAGCAACUAAAGAUUAUCACUCAUCACUUAACGUGACCAUGGAGAACGUGUUAAAGCGACGCCAUCAUCUCCUCCUCCUACUGCUUCUGCCGCUUGUCAUUUUGUGUCCAAAUGCAUUAGCACUGAAUCGACAGGCGGAUGCUAGUCAGGAUUUGGAUAUGGCAGCUCAGCUGGCGGAUGCGGAGGCCGUGGCCAGGCCGGAUUACGAUGCCGAUUCCCCGGAUACGCCGCACAUACGCAAGAAGCGACUUAUCUGGAUUACGGAUGAUGGCAGAUUGGCCUUGCCGCCGGGCACUUCGCUGACAUUUGUGCCAACCAUUGCGAUGCCCCUGGUUCGACAUCCGCCAGAGGGAUUCUUUUCCAACCUGACCAUCAGUUUUCCCGUCACCAUUGACUUCGACAAACUGGGCCUUACAGACAACCAAAAUCCUCUUGGGGAUCUGCCGCCGUUGUUCGCUCGUUCCUUUGGUCACGAGGCAGGUCACAUGGUUGGUGAAUAUGUGGCCAGGUAUCUGCAUGUACAGCGCAGGAAGAGGGACCUCAGCGAGCAGCGGAGCAGAAGGAACGAGGAUCAUACCUUUAAGGUACACGAAGAGGGUCCAAAGUAUCCAGAACUGCCUGCCGGACUGCAGCAUAUUUUCCAUGGUGGAGAGAGGGUUCUGCUCUAUGGCGUUGUGGAGGACUUCCUUUCCACCUUUGGCAUGGAUGGGAAGGCCUGUUUGCUGAGAACCAUUUGCGAGAUGCACUCCCGAAGCUUGGAGAAGUUUGGCGUCUUUGGAGAAAUGACUAAGCUAUUUUUAACGGUAACCAAAUCCCCAUUUUCCGACCUCGUACCCGACUAUGUGCAAGCCCAGGAGGUGGGCGAGGGUAAACAGGCUCCAGGAGAAUGUUUUCCCUACUUUAAGGACUGCCCAAAAAGUAUUUUUAAGGCCUUGUCCAGCAAAUAUAGCAAACCAGCUCCUGCGAGCAAGACGAAAAAGACAAAACCCACAGACAGACCGGUGGGUGAAUAUCAUGAGGAGCAGGUGAUACAGCUGCCCACCACUCGAGAUCAAGAAAACAAUGUGUAUAUGUAGAACAGUUACCAACUCCAUGCGAACGCCCAUUGUUGACCUCGUCUAGAUUUUAGGAUUACGAUUGAAUUGAGCGCGUCCUCAAAGUCACUUGCUUGUAAUUAACGUGUACUUAUUAAUUUAUAAUUAUUUAUUUUACUUACGCAAUGUAUUUAUUGUUAGUCCUAGGCGUUGUUAAUUGCUUAGAUUUGUAUUCAUGCUAGUGGUCUGUAAAUAAUUGCAAUUGUGGCAUAAUCCCUUCCAACCAACAAAUGAAAUCGUGUCAAAUGAAUAGAGAAUAAAUUGCCCUUAAAAAGGUGCUCAAAGCUUGUUUUCUUUAAUCUA